GCGGAGCGAACGCGGAAGGGACGAAACACAUCCGGCUGCCAACAGGAAAGUGCUCAUCAGAGAAAACACUUUACGAAGCUGAUCCCCACUCCCCCUUUCUCCUCCAAACAAAACGACGUCGUACGACGGACAACGACACACACACACACACACACACACACACACAGACGUAGAGAGAGGCAGAGGCGAAAAUGCCGCCAGGGCCGAAUCAAUUUCUGGUUGGCCAGCAUGCCAAACGCACCUUUUCGAAUCGUGCGUCGAAGUUCUUCUUCACCGAGCUCGAUAAAGGAUUCGAGUCGCCGUACGUCCUCGUUGUCUCGGGUGUCUUCUUCUCUUACGUGGCGUGGAAGGUCACGGACCGCUACGUGACACCGCGACAGGAGCAGCUUGCACUGCGCCGGCCCAUCCAACGGGUGCCGUUUGAGCAAUCACACAACGCCUUCUGGGGCUUCAGCAACGCGGACGAGCGCACGGUCGCCUCUGCAACGACGACGGCGGCGCGGAGUGCAGACGCUGGGGUGGAGGAGGUGGGCGCUAACUUGUAUCUCCCUCAGGGCUCCAACGCGGGACAGGAGGAGGCGAUGCGCCGCCCGCAGCUCCUCUUCAGCGAGGCGAGCGAACUGCACGAACGCGCCUCUGCGGCGAACCCGACCGGGGAGGUAGACCUUGUGUGCCUCGAGCUGUCCGAGUACGACGCGGGCCUGCGAGACGACGUGUACUACCGCAGCGUGCACUACGUCCCUAGCGCGAUCGAGCCCAGCAUACCGUUGGCGACGUCGUCUGCUGGGUCGCGCGAUACGUCGAAGCCGCACAGAAAGGAGGGGUCGGACGCCCCUGACGGGCUAUGGAAGCGCAUGGUCAGUCCAUCUGAAGCAGCUGCCGCCGCUGCUGCUGCUGCUGGCGCUAAGGGAGCGGCCGGCAACGCGGAUGGAUCCUCCACCGCUACACCGGCGGAUGUAGAGAAGGCCAUUCGCUCCACGGAUUACCUUCAGUUUAUGCCUGGCCAAGGCGAAGAGGUGGUGCACGGGAUGGUGAAGUGCAAAGGUGUGACGACGCAAAACAACUGUGUCCCCUCUCCAGGCCACCUCGAGGAGGAGUACGCGCGUAAACUGAUGCUCGCGCUGGGCCCCGUGCACAUCCUGCGCGAUCCGGCCAAGACGACGCUGCCGUGGCGCUUUUCCUUUGUGAAGCAAAUCCCCGUUGAGACGUUGGUGCUGGGCAUGCACUCGGGCGAGAUGCCGCGGUGGCUGAGCACGUGCUACCCGAACUUCCACGUUGACGUCGUGGAGAAGGACGGCACGCUGGUGCGCCUGUGCAAGCGCUUUUUAGGGUUCCAGGAAAGCAGCAACCUCGCCGUGGAGGUGGCAGAUCCUGUCGAGUUCGUGAAGAGACAGGCCGUGCUGACCGGCAACGCCGGUGCCGGUACCAGCAGCAGCGCGGUGAAUGGCGCAGGCAAGCCCUACGACCUGGUGCUGAUUGAUGGCAUCGACGGGGCAGGGAAGCUGAGCACCCAGUACGGACGUCUGGAGUUCAUCAACAACGUACGCAACUUGAUGAGCGACAACGGUUGUGUGGCCAUGACCUUGCCCAACCGAGAUGCCGGGUUUGUGUUCAACAUGGUGCAGAACUGGCGCAUGUCGUUUGCGGGGCGUCCCGUGCUGCUCGUGCACUGCACGACGUCGCCGUGUACGAUCCUCAUGACCUUCCAGGACGCGGCGACGCGCGGCAAGGCGAACAUCGGCAGCGUCGCGAACGUGCACGAGUUCCAAGAUUUGCUGCGGGCCCACGUGCGUCACUACGGCGCCGAUCGCAUGCAGUUUGACAUCACGCGUGAGGUGAACACGCAUAAUUUUAGCGUGCUGGAGCCCGAGCAAACGUAUGGGGUGGAGUCGUACCUGCCGGCGGGGCACCCAGCCGUGUUGGAGGCGCACCACCAAGAGCUGCAGGCGGCCAUGCAGCGGAGAAGCCGCAGUCAGGGCUGGAGCGCGUGGCUGCGCCGGUGGGCUGGGGCUAGGCUCAGCGCGACCCAGCGGGUUGACUUAGGUGACUCGAAAGGUUAG